AUGACCGAUUACGCCUUGGUUCGGUCACGCAGUGCCAUCACUCGCUCGCGUUCCGUCGAGCCAUCAUCUCGUCUUUACGUCACGAGAACCUCGUCGGUACCGGAUCUUACAGCGCAUUUUAGAUAUUCGGAUAAGUACCGCCCACAAUGGCACACCGUUUACCAAUCAACACCAUAUCGCUGGAGAAGAGAUUGGGAUUUGUACGACGAUUAUUGGUACGAUAAGUACUAUUACUUCUCGCCACUCUAUCGCACUUACUAUCCGAGCAGACGCUAUUAUUACAGCGACUACUUGCCAAACCCCUACUACUGGAGCCCAUACACCAACUAUUGGACUCGAUACAAGGGCUAUACUUAUGACUACGAUUACUACCCGGCGCGCUAUUACCCAUCGGCUUUCAAUCGCUAUCUGAACUACACUUACACGCCGUACAGAUCAUAUUUGAUGGAUUCGCUGUCAACAUCGCUUGGACGCGGCCUUUCUAUGUACAAGGCAGGCCUAAUCCCAUACUCAACACUCGACGCUUACUGGCUUACACCGAAAUAUUGGGACCGGCGUUUCAAAGAUUGGCGUGAGCUCUAUUGCUCCACCAAAGAUUUUUAUUUGCCAUCGACGUACGAUCGAAAAACCCGCCAAUAUUUCGCGCAGUGGGCCUAA